AUCCAUCAAUCUACUACAAAUAUAUAAAUAACACAGCUAAUCACAAAGACAGAAAGACAAAAUAUUCGAGCAGCAAAAAAAAAGAAAGAACAGAAGAAAAAAAUGAUGUUUGAAUCUCCAAGCAAGAAGAGAUGGAACGUGUCAUCAUCAGCUUCAUCUUACAGAGAGACAAUUGUACUUGGAAGAUACAGCAAGAGUUGCAGAGAACAGAAGCAACAACAGCGAAGAGAAAGACCCGUGCCCAAGUGGAAGGUUUUGUUCAUGAAGCUCAAGCUGUUGCCGUCUCAUUCUUCUUCCACUAAGGUCGUGGCUUAUGAGCCUUACGAUUACGCUUUGAAUUUUGAUCAAGGGCCAGGAUGGCACGACCACGACGAACCUGAGAAUCUUUCUAGGUCUUUCUCUUGUCGCUUCGCUGAUCCCACUCGGAUCCGAGCAACACGCUUGCUCUUGUAUUAAGUUUACUUUCCAUUUCUUCUUUCCAUUAUUUUUCUAAAACUUUUGUUUUUUAAAUGAUGAGAUCAUGUAGUUUAGCAAUGUAAAAAUGAAGAAAAAAACAAAAAAGGUAAAAAAUCUCGGUUUAGUUUA